UGGAUGGGGGUGUGCGUGACAGUGAAGUGAUGUUAGUGUUGUGUUGAAGGGAUUUUGCAGGUUUUUGUUGAGGCCAGCAAUGCACUAACCACCAUGGAUUCCCCCCUCUCCUCGCAAGACGAGCGUGACAUCGAGGUUAACGUCGUCUCCGGCGCGUCCAGCCCCGACAUCUCUCCUUCUAGAAGCACGCAGAAGAGCCCCUUCUUCGAGAAGGACAAAGAAGAGAAGGCGACCGGUAGCGCGGCGUAUACGAGUUUCUCGAUCAGCUCGAUUUUGAAUAGGGCUGAGCCAAGGAGGGAGAAUGUGUUAGAGGCAGCGCUAGCGGCGAAUCAUUUUGGGAACAAUGAUGCUAUGUUAUCAAGGUUGGGCCUGAUCACACAGUGGAGCGCCCUCGCGGGGCGGUACGGACAGCUGAUGCCUCCGUGGUACUGGCGACCCCACGACAGGUCCCCACCUAGAGAAGACAUCACGAAUGAGGAAGGCUCAGCCGGCGGCUCCCCCCGCCCGCGCUCCCCGCCGCGCGCACCCACCCCUCCCUCGCCCUCCCGCUCCUCCCCCCGCCUGCACCCCGCACUCUACCCCCAACAGCAAGACCCUCAAGACUCAGACCCCGACGUCGAUGAAAGCGAUGACUUUGACAAAGACGAAAAGCGAGACCCCAACACCAACCUAGGAAAAAGAAAGAAGAAGACUAGAACAGUCUUCUCGCGAUCCCAAGUGUUCCAACUCGAAUCAACGUUUGAUAUGAAACGGUAUUUGAGCAGUUCCGAACGCGCCGGCUUAGCGGCGAGUCUUCACUUGACGGAGACGCAGGUGAAGAUCUGGUUUCAGAACAGACGUAAUAAAUGGAAGAGGCAGUUGGCUGCUGAGUUAGAGGCGGCUAAUAUGGCGCACGCGGCGCAGCGGCUGGUGCGCGUUCCGAUACUUUACCACGAGUCGAGACCGUCGGGGAUGCCGCAUACGCCACUGCCGAUGCACCCCCAGUUUUCAAACGAGCCCGGAGUGUAUUUCCCGCAGCAGCCACCGGCGCCACUGCAGCCUCUGCCGGCGUCGCCAGUGACGUCACGCGCGCCGCUGAGCAGCCUAGUGUAGUGUCAGGUGACGGCCGAACGGCCUGAACAGUUUUUGAUUGAUACAUCCGGUUCCUAAACGCCAAAGUGAAGUGGAAGCGUUGAAAUCUUUCAUACAAGUGACUCAGUGAGAAUCUACGUUUAUGGAGUUUGUCGGUGUCACGGUGUCAAUCAUACCUUAAACGUGUAUGGAAACAGUCACAAGACUUUUCAUAGAAUCUGUCAUAUGACUGUCAUUUUGGUGAAGCAGAUUUUAGCACAAAUCGACUAUGAUCGAUUGUGUAUUUGUACAGUAUGUCUUAAGUCUUACAUUGCAUUUAGGCUUGUCGUGAUAUUUUUCAGGCAAGUCAUAUAGAUUUUGCCAAUUUUUACAGAAUGUGUCAAAACUCGUCAAUAUCUGUGAACACCAUUGCAUGUAAGAAUAUUAUUUUACAUACUUGCAUUAUAAAGUGGUUGACAUUUUUAGGGACUCGGAGUGUCAAAUGGACUAGUCAUAUCAUAAAUGUCAAAUGCCAAAAUGUUAAUGUGACAUAUAUGUAUAGGUAUUGUAAGCUAGAUUAUGUCUUUUAAAUGCAUAUUUAUGAAAUCUUUCAAGUGCAGUGAGGGGUCGAGUCUCUCGACUUGUAUAAACAGUCGAGUUACUUGACCCCUUGCAAACGAGGCUUAGCGUUGUUAUCGAAAUUGUAAUUUGAUUUCAAGUAUAAUCAAAUUGUGUUUGUUAUAUUGGUGCAAUUGAUGCAUAUUAAUAAUGGUAAAAACUGCGAAAACAUAUCAUCCAACUAUAUUUUUAAAACAUGAAAAAGUUGUAAAACAUGAAAUUGUUCUUAUUGUUUUUUAUUCAAAUUACUAUUAUUCGCCAUCAUAAUUUUGUUCUCAAAUGUAUGUCCGCUUAUUUCUAGUGACGGAAGUCGCUUAACAGGCUAUAAAACCCAUACCUACUCUGACACACCUUUCGUCAGUCAAAAAAAUUCGGUAAAUUAAAAAAUAAGCACGCGAAGUGUUGUCAUCCGUUAGACAAUUUGUUUUUCGCGCCAUUUCUAAUGUCAGAGAUGUAUCUGGCGGAAUUUUAGAUUCGAUUUUCAAAAACCGAUUUCGAGGCAUAGACAAGUAAAAUAAAAUAACGUACAAAUCGUCAUUCCAUGUUGUAAAUUAUUGUAAAUAGCGAAUAGCGAAAUUCUCUUGUAUUUAUAUUUAUUCUGUAGUAAGCUAGUUGUAAAUGUAAAUAUAUCGCAAAGAACUGACUAUGCUUUUUAUCGAUUAGGUAUAAUUAUUAUUGAUUAACGUUUAGGAUGUUUGGAAGCAUUUUUAAAUAUUUUUGUUUUUGAAGUUUUCUCUGUAUUUAAUCUUUCCCAAGUCUACCGUGAAAAGUAAAUAGUUAUUGAUGUGACAUGUGACUGGUGCAUAAUGAGAGGCAUUAAAACAUGAGUGUUGUUUUAUGAAACGAGCCAAAAAGCGAGUAUCAUAAUAAGACAACGCGAGUGUUUUAAUGCUUAUUAUGUACAGUUACAUGUGCGUAUUUAAAAACCUUCAUUGAAUACAGCUCUUAAGAUUCUGUUAAAGAUGUAAAAUGUAUUUUCGGUUUUUCAUAAUAAAUAUCAGAGAAAAUAGUUGUAAAUGAAAAAUUAAAGAUAUUCUUGCAGGACGGUGCCAAUAUGUUUGACAACAAUUUAAAUGUAGUAAUAUUGAUUUCAUUUUUGUCUACAUUAUUUUUUAUUCAGUUGCAGUCUUUCCAUGGCAAUUUGUAAAGUAAGUUAAAAAUCAUGCUUAUUAAAACUUCUGCCCUAAGCAUGAUUUUUAACUUAUUUUCAACUGUAAAUCUUAGCUAACUCGGACAAAUUGCAUAAAUAGAUAAUUAUUACAGUGUAAUAUUUUUUUUGUCUUAAAUGAAACACAAAUUAAUCCAAUAGCAAUUAAUAUAAAUAUUUAUUGUGCCUAAAAUAGUGGAAAUGAAAUAAAAUGGAACUAACAUUGUUACAUAUAAAACUGUUGCCAUGUAAAUCGUUUUAAAUCAAAAAUGUGACAGGUACGUAGAAAGUGGCGCCCUUCUUAAGGCCGGCAACAGUCAGUUUUAAAUUUCAUAAUCUUAUGAAAUCAGAUCGAGUGCACGGAUUUCCAUACAAUUUCGCAACUGUCCACAUACAGUCUUAUUUUUUAAGAUUAUGAUUUUUUUCAGGUUUAUCUGACAGAUUGCGAAUAAUUUUAAGAAUGUGUUUGCCAUACACAUUCUUAAAAUUCAGAUUAUUCGCAGGCAGUCGAUCUAAUUUUAUAAGAUUAUGAAAUUUAAGACUUUCUGUUGCCGACCUAAAUUAUCUAUGUCGCAGUACCUAUAUAUAUUAUUUUAUUUUUUAUGCGAUUUGUCCUUGUUCUGUCAUUUGUAUAAACUGUGUUGCCAUGUCGCUUGGACGUUCCGUAAUGUUGCUAGCCUAUAAUUAAACGAAGCUUAAUUCUAAAUAUUAAUGUUAUUUAUUGAUAGUAGUUGAGAUCUUCGUCAUAUUGUAAUAUUAUAAGAUAAGAGGAA